CUUGCUCUGACAUUGCCGCAAUAGCAGCUGUGGGUUGAAAAUCAGAGAACGGACCAUUACGAAAAGUAUCCAACAAAUUGUUAGAGCACAAAAAUUCCUGAAAAUGGCUUUCAAUAAAUUGAGCAUUGAAAAUCUGGAUUUGGAGGGCAAGAGGGUGUUGAUGCGAGUGGACUUCAAUGUCCCCAUCAAGGAGGGCAAAAUUACAAGCAACCAGCGUAUUGUGGCCGCUGUGGACAGCAUCAAGUUGGCGUUGUCCAAGAAGGCCAAGUCUGUUGUGCUUGCAUCCCAUUUGGGUCGUCCCGAUGGCAACAAAAACCCCAAGUUUACUUUGGCGCCAGUCGCUGAGGAGCUAAAGACACUGUUGGGCCAGAAUGUUAUAUUCCUCAAUGAUUGCGUGGGCAGUGAGGUGGAAGCUGCCUGCAAGGAUCCUGCUCCUGGUUCAGUAAUCUUGCUUGAGAACGUACGCUUCUACCUGGAGGAGGAGGGCAAGGGUGUAGAUGCUACCGGAGCUAAAGUUAAGGCUGAUCCUGCCAAGGUUAAGGAGUUCCGUAGCAGCCUGGCUAAAUUGGGUGAUGUUUAUGUCAACGAUGCUUUCGGUACUGCUCACCGUGCUCAUAGCUCGAUGAUGGGCGAUGGCUAUGAGAAGCGUGCUGCAGGUCUUUUGCUGAACAAAGAACUCAAGUACUUCUCGCAGGCUUUGGACAAGCCACCAAAUCCUUUCUUGGCCAUUUUGGGUGGAGCAAAGGUUGCCGACAAGAUUCAACUCAUUGAGAACUUGCUGGACAAGGUCAAUGAAAUGAUCAUUGGUGGUGGCAUGGCUUUCACUUUCCUUAAAGUUUUGAACAACAUGAAAAUUGGAGGUUCCCUUUUCGAUGAGGAGGGCUCCAAAAUUGUCCAGAAUCUAGUGGAUAAGGCUAAGAAGAACAAUGUUCAAUUGCAUUUGCCAGUGGACUUUGUUUGUGGCGACAAAUUCGCCGAAAAUGCUGCCGUAAGUGAGGCCACAGUUGAGAGUGGCAUUCCAGAUGGACAUAUGGGCUUGGAUGUAGGACCAAAGUCUCGUGAGCUUUUCGCUGCCCCCAUUGCUCGGGCCAAGCUGAUCGUGUGGAACGGACCUCCCGGUGUCUUUGAAUUCCCUAACUUUGCCAAUGGCACAAAGUCUAUUAUGGAUGGAGUUGUGGCUGCCACCAAGAAUGGAACCGUUUCGAUUAUCGGCGGUGGUGAUACAGCAUCUUGCUGCGCCAAGUGGAACACCGAAGCCCUUGUAUCCCAUGUGUCCACUGGUGGUGGAGCAUCUCUGGAGUUGCUCGAGGGCAAGACCCUGCCAGGCGUCGCUGCCUUGUCGCCCGCCUAAGAGCACAGAAACAUUAUAUAAUAUCGAAGUGUAACACAUACUCUCCCUCUCUCUAACACAUUAUUUAUGUUAAUUGCAUUGUUUUAAUUGUAAGAAGCAAAGACAUCCCCCCAAAAAAGUUUAAAAGUUGUUUGCUUAAAAAAUAAUAAAAGUGGAAAUAAAAUAUAGUAGUUAAA